AUGGCGAUGAUGAUGGCUGGCCGUGUGCUGCUGGUGUGUGCCCUCUGCGUGCUGUGGUGCGGUGCCUGCGGUGGCUACGCGUGGGAUUUCAACGGAAACGAAUCGUUGAAUGAACAACAUUACGGAGCAAACGGCACGUACUGCAGGCUCAACAGCAGCUUCCCUUUUUGCGAAGAAAAAAGAAAUGCAAGUAAACUCAAAGAAGCCGCCUUAAAGGCGAGUAACGCUCAGAGCGGGACUGGGAGUGGUCAACCGAAUGCCGAUGGUUCCUCUGGGGGGCGGGACAACAGUUCGGAGAAAAAUGAUUCGGAUGAAUCGGAAGAAACAGACGAAGGCCCACAGGAAUCACAACCGCCGAAUGGGAACGUAACAGAAACACCAACACCAGCAACAGUCACCUCCGCUCAAACAAGUGCCACGAGGACGCCUGACGAGAGUGACGGCAGCACCGCGGUCUCCCACACCACCUCCCCUCUUCUGCUUUUUCUUGUUGCGUGUGCGGCUGCUGCUGCGGUGGUGGCUGUGUGA